CAAACACUCAGCAUUUCAAGGAAACGCUCACUUAUCUUCCCGUCGGGGCGGUAAUUCGAGCAUUCUUCUGUAGGCUAGGCAAUCUAUGCAGUUUCAGUAUUAUAUGGACUAUUUUCUCAAGAUCUUAAAGGGGCAAUAAUAAUUGUAUCAAUCAUGAUACUAAGCACUGUAAGUGGCAUCAUUACAGUAAGGAUUCUUCUCGCGAUCAUGGUUCAGCCUGUUGAGAACACGGUGUACACUCUGCCAUACACACCAGACUCUGCUGAAGCCUGUCGCAACAACGCAGUUGAAUACUAUAACACACCUACAAACCUGUGCUGCAGCAAGUGUGCUCCUGGGACACGCCUGAAGAAUGAAUGCAGCACUACCUCAGACACAGUGUGUGAACCAUGUCCCAGUGGCCAAUACAGUGGGACCUUCAAUUACUUCACAAAAUGCUUCAGAUGUCCCAAGUGUUCAGAAGACAAAGGCCUGCAGUAUGCCCAGAAUUGCUCCAGCACCACCAAAACCCAGUGUAUGUGCCAGACUGGGAUGUUCUGCAUAAUGGAACAACACCCAAACUGUAAGGAGUGUGUCAGUUAUACACACUGCCAGCCUGGCCAUGGUGUUGCCAUAGAAGGGACAACAUAUUCAGAUGUGAACUGUGCACCAUGCCCUGAUGGAACCUUCUCUGACCAGCACUCCUACACCCAGACUUGCCAGCACCACACAGACUGUGUGUCGCAGAGAAGGGGUGUACUGACUUAUGGUAACACCACCUCAAAUUCGGUGUGUGGACCUAAGGUUAGACCACCGACCAGCCCAUCGACCACAAUUCCGACCUCUGGUACAGGGCAUACCACACCUAGUCUACAGAGCCUGCAUACAGAGGGCAAAUCACCAGGCUUUGACCUUCGUAUAGUUUCAGGUGUUAUCGGAGGUGUUAUCGGAGGUAUUAUCCUGCUGCUGAUCAUAGGCACAAUCAUUUACAAGAAAGUCUUCACAGGGUCCAGGCCUGUAUCUUCUACAGAAGAUAGAAAUGGAAAUUGGGAGGCCAUUAAAUUUGAUAGUGCCAGACCAAUGGUUCUUCAGAACAGUUCAUUCAUCCACAGCUAUCGGGAACAGCAGCAAUGUUUGCUGGGAAAGGGAAACUGCAGCAAUCCCAGUCAGGCAGAGAACCAGCAGGAUACUAGAAGGACCUGGGUGUCAGGGUGCUCCAACAGCCUGGACGGCCUGUCAAUAGGCCCCCUCCAGUCCACUCCUCCACAGCCCAGCACCCAGCCUAGCCCUCAACCCACCAGCCCCCAGCCUACCAGUCCCCUGCCAUCUAGUCCCCUAGUUAAUGUCAACAUCACUGUUAACUACCCUGUGACCAUAGGAAAUGGGUCAUGCUCCAAACCUACCAGCACCCACAUAGACUCAUCCCAGGCGGACCCUGAGCUCCCUCUAUCAAGGGAGGAGGAGGUGUAUGUCAACAUGCCACAGCAAGAGGGCGGAAAAGAGGCACUUACGGCAAUACAGGAGAGUGGAAAUUAUGUUUGAGGACUGGCAGCAGAUAGUACAGCACCAGACAAUAGAUUUUGUUUCAAUUAUGUUUUUUCACACUGGUUGUUGUCUCUGUUUUUAUAUGAAUGCUACUACUGUUGCUGACUGAAUUGGUGACGAGAGACUGCACAGAAUGACUGUUCAUGUGUCUUAGGCAUGGACUUGUCAUAAUGUGCUGUGCUGGAAAGCCUUGAGCACCUGAUUAGAUUGUCAAUGACUGUUCAAAUAAUGAUUGAUAUGUGAAUAAUGUAUGUAAUUACUGUGAAUGUUGUAAAUAUACACUGAAAAAAUAGGAAAUCAGUCAAUUGGAAUAAAUAAAUGAAUUGGGCCUUAAUCUAUGGAUUUCAUGACUGGGCAGGGGCACAACCAUGGGUGGGCAUGGGAUGGCAUAGGCCCACCGACUUGGGAGCCAGGCCCAGCCAAUCAGGAUGAGUUUUCCCACACAAAAUGUCACACCCUGAUCUGUUUCACCUGUCUUUGUGCUUGUCUCAACCCCCCCCAGGUGUCGCCCAUCUUCCCCAUUGUCCCCAGUGUAUUUAUACCUGUGUUCUCUGUUUGUCUGUUGCCAGUUCGUCUUGUCAAGCUUACCAGCAUAUUUUUCCGUGCUCCUCUUUUUCCUAGUCUCUGCUUUCUAUCCCUCCCACUUCCGACCUGUUUUGCCUACCCUGACACUGAGCCCGCCUGCCUGAUCAUUCAGCCUGCCCUGACCUCGAGCCUGCCUGCCUCCCUGUACCUUUUGGACUCUGACCUGGUUAAUGAACAUCUGCCUGUCCUCGGCCUGCCUAUUGCCUGCCCCUUGUAUUUUAAUAAAUAUCAGAGACUCAAA